AGAGCAGCAACAAAACACGGAAGUGCGGCAUGGCUUUCAGAUAAGAAAAACAAAAUGAUAUAAACAAAGUGUACUGGAAGUACCUUUCUUCACAUGAAACGACAGUUUUUCCGUCUCACACACAGAGGAGGAGGAUGACGGAUGAACUGAAGUGAACUGAUGAUGUUCAGGAAGUCGUAUGAGCUGCUCCCUCAGAGGGACUCCGUUACUCCGAGGACUUCUGGUCUGUUUACGGACUCCAGCAGAUUCACGCACUCCUUCGACUACAUCCCCAAAAUCUCUGAAAACGACUUCACCGACACCUCUCAAGGAUGGUUGUCGUGGAUCUGUAACAUCAUUGUCAUCUCCUUCAUUUAUAUCUGCACCUUCAUAACUUUUCCAAUAACAGGAUGGUUUGUAUUGAAAACGGUUCCGAACUAUCAGAGGAUAGUUGUGUUCCGUCUGGGUCGAGUUUGCCCUCCAAAGGGCCCUGGUAUUGUCCUUGUAUUGCCCCUCAUUGAUCAGUGGCAGAGAGUGGACCUGCGGACCCGUGCUUUCAACACCCCUCCUUGUCAGGUGACAACUCGGGAUGGCGGCACGGUGUUGGUGGGCGCAGACAUCCAGUUCAGGAUCUGGAACCCCGUCAUGUCAGUGGUGUCGGUCCAGGACUUGAACGCCUCCACCAGGAUGACGGCGCAGAAUGCUCUGACCCACAGUCUGGCUAAAAAAACUGUCAGAGAGAUCCAGACCGAGAGAGUGAAACUUGGGGAAUAUCUCGGGGUGGACAUUAAUGAGAUGACUCGCCCUUGGGGCCUGGAGGUGGACCGGGUGGAGCUUACACUGGGUUCUCUGCUGAGACCUCCCGGAGAGGCCUCCUCCGGGCCUCUCAUCAUGCCUCCAUCUGCACCUGGACUUCAAGACAUCACUGGCCCAAUUCAGCAGUUGGCUUUGCACUUUCUGACCCCCAGUGGGAGUUCACAGCCUCAACAGGAUGACUUGUUGACAUUUCAAGAUGAGACCAGCAGUGCCUCCGAGGCUGCCAUCACCAAACCAGGCUCUGUUGAAGAGCUGCUCAGCAGAGUCAAGCUGCUGCUCUCUGAGACUUUGGUUCAUCAGGUUGGAGCUUCUUUCCAGUUUCACAUCACGUCAGGAGACGGACAAGAGCACAGCUACUACAUGGACCUCAGCCAAGGGAGUGGGGCGGCUGGAGCAGGGUCCUUGGUUCAGGAGCCUGACGCGACGCUGAGCAUGACUGACUGUGACCUCCUGGCCAUGUUUGAAGGGACUCUUCAGCCAUUUCCUGCUUACGCCAGCGGCAGACUCAAAGUUCAGGGAGACAUUUCGAGUGCAAUGAAGCUGAAAGAAGUCGUAAAACUCCUCAAACAGCAUUCACAGUAAACUUAUUUAUCAUAUGUAAACUUUUACUGUAAAAUGUUUAUUUAUGUAAUUAUUCCAUUUGUCAUUAAGCAAAUAUGGAUCAUGGCUGGGUGUUUUUCCCCUGAAAUUUACGCAAACACUUGUUUCAAUGUUGAAGUCUCUUGACUUCAGUCUCUGAGUUUAUAAAAACACUGCUGUGAGAAGCUAUCAGACAGAAAAAUAAAAUGUAAAACAUAUGGCUCACG